ACAAACAAAUGGGGCGUUGUUUUGGCGUUGCUUCCUUGGUUCCAUGUGCUUUUACGGAGUAGUACUCAAUAUCAAAAUAUUCAACACAUGCCCUUCAAAAAAUCACCCAAUAUUUACACAUGCAAUGUGCAAAUCAGCAAGUAAGCCCCUUUGAAUUAAUUUUCCACCAACCCAACAAUAUGAAACUUUCUCUCUCCUCAACACUGCGACCAUCUCCUUCACCAUUUUGUACUAACUGCAUCACAUCUAAACAUUCUCUGCCCGUGAUCAAAUGUCAGCAACAAUCAACGCCUCAGAAAUCAAGCUGGUCUAACCUAAAGGCGGCGAUGGGUAAGAAAAUCAGAAAGAAAGGUCUUGAAGAUUUAAGUGAUGAACUCUAUGAGUUUUCAUCUGUAAAUCUUGAUCAUGCUCCUGCCCGCAGACAAGUCCGAUCCGCUUUCAUUGAUUUUCAUCAGCAGCUUGAUCAUGUUUUGUUUAAGCUUGCUCCUCCUGGGAUCAGAACAGAGGAGUGGUACGAGUUGAAUUCGAAAGGGCUAGAGAUUUUUUGUAAGAGCUGGUUGCCAAAAGCAGGAGAACAAAUCAAAGGUGUUGUUUGCUUUUGCCAUGGAUAUGGUGAUACCUGCACUUUUCUCUUUGAAGGUAUCGCAAGGAGAAUUGCAGGGUCUGGGUAUGCUGUAUAUGCUGUGGACCAUCCUGGUUUUGGUCUUUCUGAUGGAUUGCAUGGUUACAUUUCGAAUUUUGACAAUUUAGUUGAUAAUGUGAUUGAACAAUAUGCUAAAAUUAAAGCAAGGCCAGAGUUGCAAGGUCUGCCUCGUUUCAUUUUCGGACAGUCCAUGGGUGGUGCGGUUGCAUUAAAAACUCAUCUCAAAGAGCCUGAUCAAUGGGAUGGAAUGAUUCUUGCUGCUCCUAUGUGCAGAGUUGCUGAGGAAGUGAUGCCUCCUGCUUUGAUGUUGAAAGUUGCAAAUUGCCUCUCAAAUUUUAUUCCAGAAGUCAAAUUCCUUCCGACCCAAGACCUAGCAGAGCUUGCAUUUAGAAACUUGAAGUACAGGAAAUUGGCUUACUACAACAUGAUAAGUUACUCUGGUCGUGUGCGACUAAAGACUGCGAUGGAGAUAUUGAAGGUCACGAGUGAAAUCGAGUCAAAUGUCGACAAGGUCUGUUCUCCAUUGUUGGUUAUUCAUGGAGCAGGAGAUAUGGUGACAGAUCCAAAUGUGAGCAAAUUCCUCUAUGAGAAAGCUUCAAGCAAGGAUAAGACCUUGAAACUCUAUGAAGGUGGUUAUCAUUCCAUUCUUGAAGGAGAACCUGAUGACACAAUUUUCGCUGUUUUUGAUGAUAUUAUCAAAUGGCUUGACGCUAGGUGCUCCACUUGAUUGAAUUUUUUUCAUUCUUUUGCUGGAAUGGGUCGGGAAUUUAGGGUAAAAUUCUGGUGUAGCCCUGCCUUUUUUUUUUUGUGUAAAACAUUUUGCAUUGGUUAUUGGUAUUGUAAGGGUAACCAUUAAGGAUAUGUUUGGUAUAAAUUUAGGAAAGGAAAUUAAAAGAAAAUAAAUAAAAAGGAAAAAGGAUAAUGUUAACUAUUAUUA